AUGUAUUCACUCAAAUAUUUAAUCACCGUUCUUGCUCUCGUCGGUUGUGCAUUAGCCAUCAAAUGCUAUUACGGAACUACGAAGAAUAAAGACAAGCCGCCAAAGAGCACCAGAGAAUGUAACCAUAUAAAAUAUUGCGUAAAGGAAACUAAGAAAUCUGGUAAAGACAGAAUUCACGAAUAUGGCUGUCCUGAAACGGUGCUUUCUUGCAUGAAAGUAGGUUGCGAAACAAAAAACGAUGUCACCAGAUGCUGCUGUAAUAAGGAUCUCUGCAAUGGAUCAAAUACUUCGCCAGUUCUUCUCUCGUUCAUCCCACUUAUCGUAACAAAGAUGAUUCUCUAGCCAUAACAGUGUCCUU